UCAGACCCGGCAGGAGAGCCGUGACCACAGCGCUCUGAGUGAGAUCUGCUGCAACACCUUCACCCAGCGCCUCUCCCACUGCAUAGAGGACACACACCGCCUCGCCAAGAAGAGUAAGGAGGUUGGACUGCAAAUGCAGGAUGAUCUCCUGAGGGUUACCACAGAGCUACAGACGGCUCUGAAGACCUACCAUCAGUACCACGUUGACUCCCUGGCUGCGGAGGGCAAACUCAAGGAGGCCACGCGAUUGGAGGAGAGGCAGACGGGGAAGUCAGCUGACUCGUUGGGCAUUGGCCAAACGUUGGGCAUUGGCCAAUCGGUGGGCCAGAGGCGGAGCUCCGUUAAGAAGAUGGAGAGGCUGAUGGAGAAGAGACAAGGCAAAAUGCAGGAGACCCAGCUGAAGUGCACCAAGGCUCGUAAUGACUACCUGCUCAACCUGGCCGCGGCGAACGCCUCCAUGAAUAAGUACUAUCUGCAAGACAUCUGCACCCUGAUAGAUUGCACAGACCUGGGGUACCACCUGACGCUGACACGGGUCAUGCGCGGGUUCGUGUCCCACCGGAACCGCAUGCAGCAGAACCUGAAGAACGGGCUGCAGCAGCUGGACGGCGCCGUGAGCGGACUGGACCAGGGGCAUGACCGGGACGCCCUGCUGCAGGCCCACAACGCCGCCUUCUGCCUGCCCUUCCGCUUCCACUACCAGCCGCACGAAGGGGACCAGGUGUGUGAGGUGAGUGCCGAGUGCCAGGUGAGGUACGAGCUGGAGACCAGAUUCCAGCAGCUUCAAUCAAGGCUCGCUGCCGUUACCUUGGAAACAGAAGAGAUUAGUAAAACACUGAAGGCUACACACACUGCCUUGCUAGAUAGCAUCUGUGAUGACGACUGCAACCCGGCUCCCGAUGUCUCUACUACCGUCUCUCUGGACACCACCGGCGACAGUGGCGGGACCAAACUCAGUCUGGCCAAGCGCCGCUCCAAUCAGCAGGAGACAGAGACCUACUACUUCACAAAAGUCAAGGAGCAUCUGGGUGGUAGCUGUCUGAUCUCCAAACUCCAAGUGAAACAUGACCUGCUGAAGGAGGCCAUUCAGAAAGCGGAGGCCAUUGACAGCGACCCCACAAGAAUGCCGUCUGGUAGGGCAGUGCGUGUGCGGAAGGCCAGGCCCUGCUCCCAGUACAACCACAAACUCUUCUGUGGAGACAUGAUCUCCUUCAUCCAGAGCUCUGGACAGCAGAUCCCUCUAGUGGUGGAGAGCUGCAUUCGCUUCAUCAAUCUCCACGGUUUGCACCACGAAGGCAUCUUCAGAGUACCUGGCUCCCAAAGUGAAGUGAACCACAUUCGAGAUGCUUUCGAGCGAGGUGAGGACCCGCUGACAGACGGGGAGUGUGACAUUGACUCUGUGGCGGGGGUUCUGAAGCUCUACUUUAGGGGACUAGAGAAGCCCCUCUUCCCAGAAGAGUUUUUCGGACAGCUGAUGGAGUGUGUCCAGAUUGAGAACAUGACAGAGAGAGCCUCCCAGAUAAAGACUCUGGUCUCCAGCUUCCCGAGGCAAAUUGUCAUCGUCAUGCGAUACCUCUUUGCCUUCCUCCAUCAUGUCUCCCAGUACAGUGAUGAGAACAUGAUGCAGCCCUACAACCUGGCCGUGUGCUUUGGGCCCAGCCUGCUGCGGGGAGCCGAGUCAGGGGACGCCGUCACCCUGCAGCCCCAGAUCAACGCCCUGGUCAAGACCAUGAUCAUCCAGCACGAGGGCAUCUUCUCUGGGCCCGCCGAGCUCCCAGGGCCCGUCUACGAGAAGUGCAUGACGCUGGAACAAGAGUACUGUGAACCUAUCACUGAGGAGGGGGAAGGAGAGACAGAGCAUCCCCACAGUGAAGAUGAGUGGGACGCGGUGGCCAUGUUUGAUUAUGUCGCACGCUCUGCAGCCGAGCUGUCGUUUAAACAGGGGGACCACUUCCUGCUGCACAGCAAAGCCUCUGCCGAUUGGUGGAGAGGAGAAGUGGGUGGAGUGAAAGGCCUCAUCCCCCAUAAGUACAUCAGCGUAUCUGAAGGGGUGGAGAGGAAGCUGGAGAGAGGAAGGAGGGAAGAGAAUAGAGGAGGGAGCACUGGCAACCUGGCAGAGGAGCAGCACCUGGGCGAACAGAGCACACGCAUGCGGGUGAACAGUGACAGUGCAUCCCUACCCGGGAGGCAGAGAGGACUGGGGGUUGGGAUGCUGGGAGGAGGGAUGGGAGGAGGAGGAGGAGGUGGCGGGAGCAGCAGUCCUGUGCGCAAGCUCACCCUGCAGGUGCCUGAGGGUCGAAUGAUCCAGCUGCCCCAGUCACCUGGCGUCCGCCAACACUCAGUGAAUCAGGAACGCAGACACACACUGGACAGUGUGCGGCCGAUGCCUGGCGGAUCAGAGAAGCAGACUAUUCAGGAAGUCAGUCGUCAGAUGGACUCUGUCUUUAAGGAGCUCCUGUCCCGCCAGCCUCCCGGCACAGCGACCCCCGCCCCCGCCCCCGCCCCCGCCCCCUCCGCCUCCUCCGCCUCCUCCCCGGCCUCCACCUCCUCUCCGCCCCCUGCGCCCCGCCCCGCCCCCAAGAAGCCUGUCUUUGGCCUCAUAGGCAGACGCUGAGGGACCGCCACAUGGGAGGAGGCCGUGAAGUGGAGAUGCCCUGAAAUGGAGAGGAACAAAGGAUACAGUAACACCAACAUGGAGAGAAAGAGAGAGAGAAAGAAAGAGAGAGAGAGAGAGAGGGAGAAUACCCAAUCAGAUGUCUGCUUUCAUUUUGGACAAGGGAUGCCUGUAGUUCCUCGUGGCGUUGAAGAAUUGAGAAGAUAUAUUUUUCCAACUCAUACAAUAUAUUAUAGUCUUACUAUAUAUAUACAGUCUGUUGAUUUGCCAUCCCAUUGUACAUCUGUCACAGUGCUGUUCUGUGGUGUGUGUCUGAUGUGCUUUGUUGUUGUUGUUGUUGUUGUGUUGUCAUACGUGAGGUGCCCACUUGAGCCCGGGUCGCACUCAAAAAGGCGAAAGAGUUCACCCUGCCCCAACAAACGCCAACAAACACCCCUAACUCCAGCGACUAGCAGCUGUUGGCUGUCCUUGGAUCAGUGUGUGUUAUGCCGUUAAAGUGUGAGGCAAAGAUUCUAGAGUGUGGGUGGAGCUUCGUGGCGCUUUAUGAUCCUUUAGUGUGAAGUAUAUGAGUUGUUUCUCAUUUAACAGAAAUUCGUAAAACUUCUCAUUCACUUCACAUUCUAAAAUUCAAACUUUAAAAACGAAAAAACUUCAGAAUGUUGGUUAUGUUUGAGUUUGUUUGAGUUUGUUUGGCCAGUGUGAGGAGAGAGAGAGCCUUAAAAGUCCAGUUCAGGGACCAAAGGGCUCAAACCUGUCGACCGGAAAAUUGUGUACGUACCUUCGGUUUUUUUUGGACGAGUAUAGUUGUGAUUGACAUUCGUGACGAGCGCUAGAGACGUGGUACUCGUCACUCA